AGUGUUGUGUAAACAGUCAGUGGGUCAACACAUCCGUAUGCGGUCGUUCGCUCGUCUAACCAUUCAAAACGAAAAGCCUCAAAGUCAAAAUAUUUGUCAUUGUCGUCAGAUUCGAAUUCAAAACGGCAGAACGUGUUUAAGUGGCUAAAAAGUAUUUUGGCUUUUACAAGUUUUUUGUUCUUUACAACUCAUACCACGACUAACAACAACAACAGUGCUCUGUGGCUCACACAUUCAUACAAGUUUUACUAAAGUGACUUUAUUUACAAAGUGAGACAAAGUACUCGCCGUAAACAGCUGUAGCAGACAAAAGCGGUGCUUUUAGUUUUUGGCAUCAUCCACAUCGCCAGACCAGAGGUUUUUGAACUCCUGCCGGAACAGUGGAUCCACUUAUGCUACGCUAGGAUAGAAAAGAGAAAACACGAACCCCAUCAGUAUUAACUUGGCCAGUGAUUGUGACAGAUGUGCAGCAGCAUCCAAUAUUUGUAAUGAUUACUUGAAAUAUUUGCAUACAACAAUAACAGCAAUAACAUACAACAACUCGCCAGGGGAGAAAACAUCUACAGGACCCACAAGGUGUACCGCCGACGUCAAUUAAUAAUACAGCUGCCCAGGUGAAAACCUCCAAUCCCCAGACACACACACAUUCUUCAAACGCACAUCAGCGACAGCAGCAUUCAUUCUUCACUACGGCCAGUUGUUGGAGGCCAAGUUCAGCUGCAGCAACUAUCCAACUGCCACAGAGAAGCUCAAAUAACAUUCGCAACGAAUGAAAUCUUUUUUAAAGAAUCCUGGCACAGAGAAAAACACAUCCAAUUCCAUUUUCAUGUGGUAACAGUUCUGUUGGCUGGUCCAUUACCUGAAGGCGCGCUCACCUACCCACACACAACCAUACAAGUGUGAGUUACACCUCUCACAUACAUUCCUUGGAAGUUGCAGUAAAAUAAUAAUAGCCAAAGUGAAAGGAAAUUAAGAAAACAGCGUUUCCCGUCAGCAUCAUCAGAGACGACGACCGGGACGGGCCAAGCAGCCUUCAAGCCAGCCAUCCAGUCAACCCACCCAUCCAUCCAUCAGCCAAUAGUCUUGGCGACUUGGCUCCAUCAUAAUGGAUUUGAAAACCUCAAGUAUAAGUGAAAUAUCUGAUCCAUAUAUACCCUCAAGCAAAUCAACGGAUCUAAUAAAGCCAAAGGAUGCACUGGAGAAGGAAGCAUCGUCCACAGCACCGAAUAAUGAAGAAUUCAAAGUGUACAAACGCCGCUGGGCCGUUUUAAUAUUGUUUGCAUUUUACUCAGCCUCAAAUUCCAUGCAAUGGAUCCAAUACAGUAUUAUCAACAAUAUUGUCAGUCGAUACUAUGGCGUCAGCGACAAAUGGAUCGAUUGGACAUCCAUGAUAUACAUGAUAUUAUAUAUACCACUGAUAUUUCCCGGCAGUUGGUUUUUAGAUAAAAUGGGAUUACGUAUCACAGCACUGGUGGGGGCAUUUGGCACCUGCAUAGGUGCCUGGGUAAAAGUGUUUUCGGUUAAACCGGAUUUAUUUAUGGUUGGCUUUGCUGGUCAAAGCAUAGUGGCGUUAUCCCAGGUGUGCAUUCUGUCGUUACCUGCCCGUUUAGCUGCCGUUUGGUUUGGUCCCGAUCAGGUCUCUUCGGCCUGCAGUGUUGGUGUUUUUGGUAAUCAGCUGGGCGUUGCUUUGGGUUUUGUGCUGCCUCCUAUGCUGGUGGCAAACAAUGAAGAUCAAGAUAUGGUUGGUCACGAUUUGCAAUGGAUGUUCAAUUAUGUGGCUGGCGUAACAACCGUUCUGGCCAUUUUAAUGGUGCUGUUUUUCCAAGAUAAACCACCCACCCCGCCCUCAGCUGCCCAAAAGGUGGCCUUGCCUGGCUCUAUUGAAGCACAAAAUCAAGUCUCCUUUAAGACUUCGUUAAAGAAUUUAAUGCUGAACCGCAACUAUAUUCUGCUGCUCAUCUCAUAUGGCAUGAAUGUGGGAGUGUUCUAUGCCAUAUCAACGCUAUUGAAUCCGGUGGUGCUCAAAUAUUAUCCCGGCCAUGAAGUGGAUACUGGCCGCAUUGGCCUGGCCAUUGUCUUAUCCGGCAUGUUGGGUUCAGUUGUUUCGGGCAUUGUUUUGGAUAAAUCUCAUAAAUUCAAGGAAACUACACUGGCUGUGUAUGCCUUUUCCAUGGUGGGAAUGUGGGUGUUUGCCUUUACUUUAGAUACCGGAAGUAUUGCUGUCGUUUAUGUUACGGCAUCCUUGUUGGGCUUCUUUAUGACUGGCUAUUUGCCGGUUGGCUUUGAAUUCGGUGCUGAGCUGACCUAUCCCGAACCGGAAGGCACAUCAUCGGGCCUCUUGAAUGCUGCCUCUCAAGUCUUUGGCAUUAUCUUUACAUCGUUGUAUUCAUGGCUGUUGGGUGACUAUGGCGAUAUUACGGCCAAUGUCACCAUGGCGGUGAUGUUGAUAGGCGGCACCAUCAUAACAGCGCUGAUCGGUUCCGAUUUGCGACGUCAAAACGCUCAGGCGUCGGGCAAUACAGGAAAUCCAUAGGAUCGUAUAGAUUUUGUUUAAGUAACACAAAUUUUGUUCUUCCUUUUGGGAGCGUCCAUGCGACGACCGCCAACAAAAAAAAAGGAACAACUAAAACAAAGGCAAAAAAUUUCAUUUCGACGAUUGUGUGAAGCUGCGCUGCUGCUAAUUGGCAUGGGAAAUUAAGGGUAAUUUUUUCAAAAAAAAAAAAAAAGCCGGAACUGGGAAUGCAUUGAAAUUUUUUACUUAUUGUGUUACUUAAACAAAAUCGUAAAUUCGUUAAUUAUUUAUAUGUAAUGUGACUACAAAAAACAAAAACAAAUUUAUGUUAUUUUUUCUUCAAAAUGUAGUUCGAUUUGUAUUUUAUUUUACAUUCCUAUGUUGUUGUUUUUAAUUUAAUGUUAAUUUGUAUAUAUGUGUAAAGAAAUUAUAUAAGUUUUAAAAACAAUUUGAUUUGA